AUGGGUGUUCCGGGACUCUCUGAUCCUGCACGCCAUGUUCAAACUCUUACGGAGUUUGCUAUGAAGGAAGGGUUUGCAAAAAACUUACAUGGUGACCAAAUGGUUUGUGUGGGUGUUGAUGUUAGCAUCUGGAUUUGCCAAGCUCAAGCCGUAGUGCAUUCCAUACGAGGUCCAGGUACUCGAGAGGGGGAGAAUCCAGCACUUCGCAUCAUUUUCUUUCGCAUUUGCCACCUGCUCGCACGUUGCAUUGAGCCGAUCUUCAUCUUCGACGGUCGCAGUCGUCCACUUUUCAAACGGGGGAUGAAUGUCAAAUCUGGAAAGCCACAUUGGAUGGAGCAAUACAUUGAGGGUUUCCUUGAGGACUUUGGCUGUCCCUUCUAUCAUGUUGCUCCGGGAGAGGCUGAGGCUGAAUUGGCCCAGCUGACUGCACAAGGCCUAAUUGAAGCGGUCAUCACAACGGAUUUCGACUUUUUCCUCUUCAGGGGCACAAGCCUGAUUAAGCCCCCAAAUGUAAAAGCUGAUGGCGACGAGGUUAUCUGCUACUCUGCCGAUGACAUUGAACACGACACAUCGCUCACCUGUGCUAAAAUGAUUUUCCUUGCAAUUCUUAGUGGCAGGGACUAUGACGAGGAUGGUCUUCCUGGAUGCGGGCUCACAAUUGCCCAUCAACUAGCCCGUGGUAACCUACCAGAGACCCUUUUCAUGGCAGCUACCCAGCUCUCUCCACAUGCCCUUCAAGAGUUCCUUCUCGGUUGGCGUGACGAGCUCAAAAAUGAGCUGCUCAACGAUCCUCAUCAACUCAUGGGCACGAAGCGCCCUGUGCUAGCCCGUAACCUCCCCCUUGACUUCCCCAGAGUCAGCAUCCUCUGGCUGUACACCCACCCACUCACGUCUUGGUCAGGCGACGGCCACGGCCCUGAUACAACAUCGUGGACGCUUCGCCAACCGAACCUCGCUCAACUAGCUGUUCGCUGUGAAAAAUCCUUUUCUUGGGCAUCCAUUGGCACGAUCAUAGAUCGAUUCCACGAGAAUGUUUGGCAAGCAGCUGUGAUGCGAAUGCUCCUCAAGCCUGUCGACAUUCCAAGUGCCAUUGAUGACAAACUCUCAUGUGCAUCCCUGCUUCACGUCCGGCAGGAAAAGCUUGGGCCUGGUGGACUGAAGACAGGCACGAAUGUGCGUGGCUUCUGCGUUGAGACUGCCAUGUUGGUUCUUGCCAAGGAAACCCUCUCCGCCCUCAACAACAACAUUCAGAAAAACAAGAUGCAGAAAGACCAUACCCCGGUAUACUACUGGAUCCCGGCAAAGAUCCUCGCGCAGAAGGUCCCUGGUCUUAUUCAAGAAUUUUACGCUCACACGCACAUCAAGAAGAAGGCACGUCAAACUGAGACCCGUAUGGUAGACACUGAUGAGGAAAUCAUUAUCCCCUAG